CUAAUCAAGUCUAACAGUAGGUGCAGAAUCCAAAAGUAGUUAUGUUCACAGUUUGAAAAGAGGACCCUUUUUGCCGCCAUAUUGUUUUUCAUUGUUUAUUUGCGUGUUUUUGUUAAUUCAGUGUGUUGUUUAGUACCAAGUGGAUUAUUCUAUUUUCUCAGUAUAGCGGAGACUGUAUAUCAUGCGAGAUGGGCGGGGAUGUACGAGCAGCUGGGACGUUGCUAACACUGUUAAUGCUUCUUGAUGUUUCUCUCGUCUUCUGUCAACAAAGAUGCUCGUAUAUGACAAGUAUACCACGCGAACCCAAACCUGAUGAUCUGCCUGAACUCAAUUUUGAUGGUGUACCAUUUGGAGAAAGACCGUUCACUCCAGGCCCGGAGCGCGAUGACGUGUGCAUGGACGAUUACUUCCCCAAUAUGCCUACCACUGGCACACAGAUCAUCUAUAUGGACGAAGAGAUUGAAGGAGAAGUGCCCAUCGCUGUUAUAAAUUAUAAUGGUACUCAAGAGCCGUACAUUGCGUCUUUCAUGUCUGGUUCCUUCAAUCUGCUUGGCCCUGCAAUACGAAAGGAAGAUGACAAAUGGUUCCUAUACAUCACACAACGACAAGAUUACGAGACGCCGGGUAUGCAGCGGUACAUGUUCAACGUGCGGGUAGACGGUGAGCCGCUGAUCGCUGGCGUCACUCUGCAGAUUGUCAACAUUGACGACAACGAUCCUAUCAUACAGGCCUUCGAUGCUUGUCAAGUGCCAGAGUUGGGUGAUCCAGGUCUAACAGAGUGCGUCUAUCAAGUGACAGACGCGGAUGGUGAGAUCAGCACCAGGUUUAUGACGUUCGAAAUCGACAGUGAUAGGGGAGACGAGAAGAUCUUCUUUAUACAAGGAGACAACAUACAGAACGAGUGGUACAGGAUGACGAUGACUGUGGGACUUAAUACCUCCCUUAACUUCGAGACAAACGCCCUUCAUGUGUUUAGAGUUACUGCUUACGAUUCCCUUCCCAACAGCCACACUGUUACACUGAUGGUGCAAGUAGUGAACGUGGAACACCGGCCGCCAAGAUGGAUAGAGAUCUUUGCGGUCCAGCAGUUCGACGAAAAGACCGAACAGAAAUUCAACGUGCUUGCGAUAGACGGAGAUACUGGUAUCAAUAGACCGAUAUACUACAGAAUAGAGACUGACCCAGAAGACACAUUCUUCAAUAUAACAACAAUAGAAGGUGGAAGAGAAGGUGCGGUCUUUCAUGUAUCUCCAAUAGACCGAGAUGAGCUUCAGAGGGAGGUCUUCCAGCUGUCUAUCAUUGCAUAUAAAGAGAAUAAUGAAAGCCUCUAUGUGGUAUCUAAUGUCGUCAUCAUCGUUAAUGACAUUAAUGACCAAAGACCGGAGCCAUUAUUCAAAGAAUACUCCAUAGAUAUUAUGGAAGAGACGCCUAUGACACUGAAUAUCGAACAUCUUGGCUUUCAUGAUAGAGACUUGGGUCAAAAUGCACAAUACAGUGUGCAUCUCGAGAGCGUGUUUCCACCGGAUGCGGCGAAGGCUUUCUACAUAGCCCCAGAAGUCGGCUACCAGAAGCAGGAGUUCAUCAUGGGCACCCUCAACCAUUCUAUGCUGGACUAUGAAGUGCCUGAGUAUCAAAAUAUCACUCUUAAGGUGAUAGCGACCGACCUUAACAGAACUGAUUUCGUGGGCGUCGCCACAGUCUAUAUCAACCUGAUCAACUGGAACGAUGAGGAGCCGAUCUUCGAGCAGGACACGCAGACUGUCACCUUCAACGAGACUGAGGGUAGUGGCUUUUAUGUCGCCACUGUGCUUGCGAAAGACAGGGAUAUUGAUGAUAGAGUUGUUCACUCGCUAAUGGGCAACGCAGGACAAUUCCUUAACAUCGACGACGCGACUGGAGCGAUCCACGUGGCCGUCGAUGAUACCUUUGAUUAUCAUAGACAAAGCGAACUGUUUGUACAGGUGCGAGCGGAUGACACUCUAGGCGAGCCAUACCACACGGCUACUUCGCAAUUAAUCAUUCGCCUUAUUGACAUCAACAAUACGCCGCCCAGUUUACGAUUGCCUCGUGGUAGUCCUCGUAUAGAAGAGAACGUCCCCGAAGGCACAGAGAUCACCCGCGAGAUACAAGCAACAGAUCCGGACAGCACCGCGGAGCUGCGCUUUGAGAUAGACUGGACCACUUCGUAUGCGACCAAGCAGGGCAGGGAAACUGAUGCCAGAGAGUACCACAAUUGUGUAGCAAUCGAGACAUUAUACCCUGACGAGAGUGUGCGCGGCGUGGCGCGCGGCCGCGUGGUGGUGCGCGAGAUCAGGCAUAACGUCACCAUCGACUUUGAGGAGUUCGAGGUUCUUUACUUGACUAUCAGAGUGCGUGACAUUAACACCGAGAUUGGAGCCGAUUACGAUGAAUUGACAUUCACAAUAAUCAUAGUGGACAUGAACGACAAUCCGCCAGUCUGGUCUGAGAAUACCCUCACACAGGAAUUCAGAGUUCGCGAGAACUCGGGCACGGGCAUUGUUAUUGGCUCAGUGCUGGCCACCGAUAUUGAUGGACCACUCUACAAUCAAGUCCGAUACACUAUUAUGCCACGAAACAAUACACUCGAAGAUCUCGUGAAGAUAGAUUUCUAUACGGGGCAGUUGACAGUGGAUAAGCCGGGAGCCAUCGAUGCCGACAUCCCUCCUACACAAUUCCUGUAUUACACGAUCGUAGCCAGCGAUCGAUGCUACGAAAUUAACGAAGACGAUUGUCCCCCAGACGACACUUACUGGGAAACCGAGGGCGAUAUCAAAAUCUACAUUAUUGACACUAACAACAAGACACCACGCGCGGAAACCGAGGAGUUUGACGUCGUUGUAUACGUGUAUGAGAAUGCCACUUCCGGUGAUGACAUCGUGUAUCUCAUGUCAAGUGAUGAUGACAGAGACGAAAUGUACAAUACGGUGCGGUAUCAGAUCAACUACGGUGUGAAUGUGCGCCUGCGCAGCUUUUUCUCGGUGGACCUGGACAGCGGAAGGCUGUACGUAAACUACACCACGGAGGAGACGCUGGACCGCGAUGGAGACGAGCCUAUGCAUACAAUAUUCUUAAACCUUAUUGACAACUUCUAUUCCGAAGGAGAUGGCAACAGGAACCAAAACACGACGACAGUAGAAGUCAUAUUACUGGACGUAAACGAUAAUGCCCCUGAACUGCCUGAACCUCAUGAACUCUCCUGGUCCGUGCUGGAGAAUCUCACAGAGGGCAUCCGCUUAGAGCCUCACAUCUACGCACCAGACCGAGAUGAACCGGACACCGACAACUCACGUGUCGGAUACGACAUCCUCAACCUGACACUCACCGACCGCGACCUGACCCUGCCCAGACUCUUCAACAUGAUACAGAUACAGAACGUCACAGGCGAGCUGGAGACCGCCAUGGACUUGAAGGGAUACUGGGGAACGUACUCUAUACAUAUACUGGCGUUUGAUUAUGGCCAUCCUCCACAAAGCUCCGAUGAGCACUACGAGCUCGUAAUCAGACCAUACAACUUCCACGAUCCGGUUUUCUUGUUCCCACAACAUGCUUCCAUUGUUAGACUCGCGAGGGAACGAGCCAUGGUAAACGGUAUGUUGGUGAUGGUGAACGGAGAAUUCCUGCAUCGCGUCGCAGCGACUGAUGAAGACGGACUCCAUGCCGGCAUUGUCACCUUCUCUGUCGUCGGGAACGCGGAGGCCGAGAAUCAUUUCCAUGUGGUGAACGAUGGCGAGAACUCGGGCACUUUGAUGCUGAAGCAACUCUUCACUGAAGACACUAAAGAGUUUCAAGUGACUGUCCGCGCUACAGAUGGCGGCACAGAACCAGGUCCGCUGUUCACAGACUCCACGCUGAACAUAAUAUUUGUACCCACACAAGGCGAGCCAGUAUUCUCCGUCAAUACAGCGCAUGUUACUUUCUUUGAAAAAGAGGUAGGCUUGGAAGAAAGUCAACGAUUGCCUUUAGCAGAAGACCCAAAGAAUUAUCGCUGUACCGAUGAUUGCCAUGUCAUUUAUUACAGGAUUAUCGAUGGCAAUCAGGGUGGCCACUUCCAGCUUAAUGCCCAGGACAAUGUCUUACGCGUUGUGCGAGAGUUGGAUCGCAACAGCAGCGUAGAGCACACGCUGCUUGUGGCCGCCUCUAACUCCCCUACAGGAGGGUCUAUACUUACUGGUUCCACACUCACAGUCACUAUUACAGUAAGAGAAGCAAAUCCUCGACCUAUUUUCGUGCGUUCGCUUUAUACUGCGGGGAUUUCCACUUUGGACACCAUCAAUAGAGAAUUGCUCACCCUACAAGCGACACAUUCUGAAGGUGCCGCAAUCACCUACGUGAUUCUGAACGAGACGAUGCAAGUAGACCCGAGUCUGGAAGCAGUGAGGGCGACAGCGUUCUUACUGAACCCUACAACUGGCGUUUUAACACUGAACAUGCAGCCGACAGUCUCCAUGCAUGGCAUGUUCCAGUUUCAAGUCCUCGCCAGAGACACUGCUGAAGCCACAGAUACAACGAAUGUGAAGAUCUAUUUGAUCUCAUCAAUGAAUCGAGUGUUCUUCAUCUUUGUCAAUACAAUGGAGCAAAUUGCGAAAAAUAAAGAUUUUAUAGCGCAGACGUUCGGCAUAGGGUUCAACAUGACGUGCAACGUGGACCAGGUGGUGCCGGCCACUGAGAGCAGCGGCGUCGCGCGCGACGACCUCACCGAGGUGCGCGCGCAUUUCAUACGAGACAACGCGCCGGUCACCACUGACGUCAUCGAGGAACUGCGUAGUGACACCACACUUUUACGGACAGUGCAGACGACACUGAACACGGAGCUUCUUGUGCUGCGGGACCUGGUGACUGGAGACAGUCCCACGCUGACGCCCGCCGCCGGCCGCAACGCGGUCUACGUGCUCGCCGCACUCUGCGCUCUACUUGCCUUGAUAUGCUUUGUAUUGCUAAUCACAUUUGUCGUCAAGAGUCGCGCGCUAAAACGUCGUCUAGAAGCAUUGUCGAUGACAAAGUACGGCUCGCAAGACUCGGGGUUAAACCGCGCAGGGCUGGCAGCUCCCGGUACUAACAAACACGCCACCGAAGGGUCCAAUCCUAUCUGGAAUGAGGCUAUCAAAGCCCCUGAUUUUGACGCUAUCAGCGGAGACUCUGACGAUUCAGACCUUAUUGGUAUCGAAAACUUGCCGCAAUUCAGAGACGACUAUUUCCCGCCGGAGAGCAGCUCUAUGCGAGAUGUCGACGUCGGCGAUAACAAAAGGAAGGAUAGUAUUGCAAAUCAUAGCAACAAUUUCCAGUUUAAUGCAACUCCCUUCAGUCCGGAGUUUGCCAAUGACUUUAAACGACUAUAAAAACAUAAGAUUAUGAUAAAACAUUGAUCAUAUUUUUA